AUGGGAACAGGACAACAAUUCAGUCAGCAUUUGGUGAAGUGUAUUGAGGCCAACAUGAAGACGGCCAGGUGCUUCACGGUGACACUGUAUGACCGGGAUAACUCCGAGUUCACUGUAGCAGAGACUACUCCGACUGGUUCUUUCUCCUUGGGUACUUACAGAGCUCUUCAUUUCCCGUGUCAGCACGCACUUGCGUGCUGUGCAUACUCACGGGUCACCUGGACCUCUUACGUUCACAGCGUCUAUCAGAUUAGCUCGGUCUUCAAUGUGUAUCGGAUGGGAUUCACACCUCCCAUCCCGGAGGACUUCUGGCCACCUUACGACGGGCCCACAGUGAUUCCAGACCCUGCCAUGAGGCGUGCCAGAGAGGGUCGUCCUAGAUCCACUAGGAUACGGACGAACAUGGACGAGGCGGAUCCGAAUCGGCCAAAGAGGUGCGGCCUAUGUCGCCAACCUGGACACACGCGACGUAGUUGCCCACAGGUUGCAGGCUCGUCUCAGACAGGACACCAUUAG